AUGUUCAUAUUGGAUUUGCAGGCAGAAGACGCUUGGCGUCAAGUUUUACUUACGGAAAUGUUCCAGCUAUUUGUGACCCCGGAAUUAGCUGAAAUGAAGCCAACUUCGAUUGGCUGCCCUCAUCGGCGAAACGUACUGCCGCCGCAAAAUGUGGUUAAUGAGUUCGAUAAGCGGCUCAAGACCAUUCGGCUGUUAUGCGGAGGCGGCAUGUUCGCAACGUGCUGCAUCGUACUGCUUCCACCAGGUCACCUGAAGCUACUGAAAUCGACCAUAAAAAGUACCUGCGCGACGAACAAAUCGAUCAGUGCAGAUAUGUUCAAUGUGAAAAUGGCGGACAAUGUGUCAGUGAAACUGGUCAGUGGCGAUGCAUCUGCACUGAAGAAUUCACAGGAGUCUUCUGCGAAAAAAGUAACGAGUCUCUCGCCUUUACCGUACUUCAUGCUGCUUUUAGAAAUCGAUUUCUGUGCACAUCUACCAUGCCAAAACGGCGCCACCUGUGUCAGCGGUAUGACCAACGGAACGACGGUAACAUGUGGAACAGGCAUCAUGGUGAAUAGGUUGCAUUCGGCCAACCUGAAAAUGACGACUGUGAUCGAUGUGGGGCCCUAUGCGACAGUGAAUCUAAUGAUGCUCCUCAUGAAUUUCGAUUGCCACGAUGCUGCCAUCACGGUUCACGAUGGCGCUGAUGAUUCGUUCGAGCAGCUGGCAAAGUACUGUUCACUUCCCAGUUUGUCGUACAUCUCUCAUGCGACUCAACGGUACCUCACAGUCGUUUACAAAUCGUUCACAGCAAUUUCAAGUUCAAAGAGCGACGUGUUUAAGUUAGUGUGGAGUUCAACUUUCGUUUCCUGCAACAACUUUACCUGUGAGCAUGGCGGUCACUGCAUUUCGUCAUCCGCAGAAGCGCACAUUCCACACUGCGUGUGUCCUUCGGGUUGGACCGGUUUACACUGCGACAUGCCCAGUGAACUGAUAUAUGAUAUAUCAAAUCAAAAUGUUUUGAAAAUACCGAACGGUGUUUUGGCUUCUCCGAACUACCCGAAUUUGUACCCCUCUGGCCAAAGAAAUUUGCUUACCCUCAUUACAAGUCCAACAAUGGUUUUCCAGUUCAAACUUGAAUUGCUAAUGCUUGAAGCGUCGUUUGAUGGUGCAUGUUACGACAGUUUGAGUAUAUACGACGGCGAACUUUCAGACUUGUCUUCGAAUUUGCUUGGCAGAUUUUGUGGCUCAUACGACAAGCAGAAUUUGCCACUUUUCCGGCGAAACGUGACAUCGGGCCCUCUGGCAACAGUGUUGUUCUCUUCUGACCAAUUCGUGCAAGACCAAGGCUUCUUGCUUUGUUUCUCUUCAAUUUCGUGUGGCCAAACCUUCGUUUCGGCAUCGAGUGGCACAAUUUCAUCACCCCACUAUCCCAAACAUUAUCCGUACAUGUCCAACUGCCAUUACACAAUUCAUGCAAACAGAACAGGGUACAAAGUCCUUCUUACAAUCAACAAAUUCGACCUAGAAACUUCGCCAGACUGCUUUGCUGACUUCCUGCAGAUUCAGCUGUCUGAAAAUCCUGCUACCACAAUAAGAUUAUGUGGCGGACUUGCCGGAUUGACUCAGCGGAACUUUGCGUCUGACAGUGACACAAUCCGACUCUACUUCCACUCCGACACUUACAUAGAAAGAACCGGUUUCUCGGUGACCUACGACAUCGUUCUCGAUACCUGCGCGAAUAUGUCAUGUCCGCCGCACUCAGAAUGUGUUCUCAGUACCACGGGCGCGAAGUGCCAAUGUCUUCACGGCUAUGAAGGAGAAAGUUGCACAGAAAUCGACUACUGUUUGCAUGUGACAUGCAGUAAUCACGGUACUUGCAACAAAAUGAUAGGCGGUUAUAACUGUUCGUGCAACAAAGGAUGGAUGGGAAAAGACUGCGAAUUAGGCGGUGAAACCUCCAUCAGCACUUCUGGGUCUGGACAAAUCGCUUCGCCCAAUUACGCCUAUCACUCUGUAGGGACUCUGACCUGUAAGUGGCGAAUGAUGUCAGUUCUUCCUGGCAAGCAAGGCAUUGUGUCUGGAUUCCAGUUGCAGUUCAACCCGCUGAAUAUAAGCAGCCGGGGAAACUGCACCGAAGAAAGUACCGACGUAGUCAUGUUGUAUGAUCAUAUCUCACAAACGCCACAAGUGCAGCCUGUAAAAAAGUAG